GACCCCUUUCUCUCGACUGCCCUUUUCCAGCCGGGACUGAGUGCCUCGAGGACCCUGUGCUCGCCGUCUUCCACCACGCCAUCAUGGACCCCAACGCCGUCAAGGAGGAGCUGCGCCUGUUCCAGAGCACCCUGCUCCAGGACGGUCUGAAGGAGCUGCUGAACGAGAACAAGUUUGUGGACUGCACCUUGAAGGUGGGCGACCGCAGCCUGCCCUGCCACCGGCUCAUCAUGGCCGCCUGCAGCCCGUACUUCCGCGAGGUCUUCUUCACGGAGGACGGGAAGGAGGUGGAGAACACCAAGGAGGUGGUGCUGGAGGACGUCAACCCCGCCGUCCUGGACAUGAUCGUCCAGUACCUCUACUCGGCCGAGAUCGACCUCACGGACGACAACGUCCAGGACAUCAUCGCCGUGGCCAACAAAUUCCAGAUCCCGUCCGUCUUCACCGUCUGCGUCAACUACCUCCAGAAGAAGAUCUCCACGGGCAACUGCAUGGCCAUCUUCAGGAUGGGCCUGGUGCUCAACUGUCCCCGGCUGGCCGUCGCCGCCCGCGACUACAUCGCCGACCGCUUCCAGCUGCUGCGCCAAGACGAGGAGUUCCUCAAGCUGGCCGCCCACGAGCUCUUCGCCGUCAUCGGCGGCGACGCGCUCAACGUGGAGCGCGAGGAGACGGUGUUCGAGACCGUCAUGGCCUGGGUGCGCUACGACAAGGAAAAGCGCGCCAAGGUCCUGAAGGACGCCUUCGACUGCGUCCGCUUCCGCCUGCUGCCCGAGAAGUACUUCAAAGAGAAAGUGGAGAGCGACGAGCUGGUCAGGGCCGACCCCGAGCUCCAGAAGACCGUCCAGGCCGUGCGGGACGCCUUCAAGGGGAAGCUCCCGGAGACCCCCGCCAAGAAGGACGGCGAGGAGGACGAGGGCGCCGGCCUCUUCCCCGGUUUCCUGAACGACAGGCGCCGACACGGCAUGUACGCCCGGGACUUCAUCCUGAUGGUGAACGACACGGCGGCGGUGGCGUACGACGUCAACGAGAACGAGUGUUUCCUGGCCGCCAUGUCGGAGCAGGUCCCUCGCAACCACGUCAGCCUGACCUCGCAGGACAACCAGCUCUACAUCAUCGGGGGUCUCUUUGUGGACGAGGAGGACAAGGACGCUCCUCUGCAGUGUUACUUCUACUCGCUGGACACCCUGGCCUCUGAGUGGGUGGCACUGCCCCCCAUGCCCUCGCCCCGCUGCCUCUUCAGCAUUGGCGAGAGCAACAACUUGCUGUUUGCUGUGGCGGGCAAAGACCUGCAGACCAACCAGUCCCUGGAUUCUGUCAUGUGCUACGACAUCCAGAAGAUGAAGUGGAGCGAGAGUAAGAAACUUCCUCUGAAGAUCCACGGCCACGCUGUUGUGUCCUACAAAGGCCUGGUCUACUGCAUCGGUGGCAAGACUGAUGAGAACAAAGCUCUCAGCAAGAUGUUCGUGUACAACCACAAGCAGUCCGAGUGGAGAGAGCUGGCGGCCAUGAAGACGCCGCGAGCCAUGUUUGGCGCCAUCAUCCACGACGGCAAGAUGGUGGUGGCGGGCGGCGUGAACGAGGGAGGCCUCAGCGCCUCGUGUGAAUCCUACAACUUUGCGACCAACAAGUGGGAGCCCUUCGCCGAGUUCCCUCAGGAGAGGAGCUCCCUCAACUUGGUGACCGCCGGCGGCGCCCUGUACGCCGUGGGAGGCUUCGCCAUGAUCCAGAUGGAGAACAAGGAGGUGGCUCCCACGGAGGUGACGGACGUCUGGCAGUACGAGAGCGAUAAGAAGCAGUGGAGCGGCAUGCUGAGGGAGAUGCGUUACGCCGCCGGGGCUUCUUGUGUGUCCAUGCGUCUCAACGCCGCCAGGAUGCCCAAACUCUAGACGGCCGUGUUGUUUCCUGCAUCCUCCUCGCAUCUCUGAGAGCCCACUUCCUCUUCAGUCUUCUCUCAUCAGUCGCAUCUGAACUACAGAAAGGGCAGCAAACUCCACAGAAGCUAAAAGCAACUUAUCUGAAGCACUCUUGACAUGGUUUUGUAAAAAAAAACACCUUUUUGCACUGUUCAGGAUCAGGGGCGUCACUAGACCUAAUAUUUUACUGGGGCACACCUGGGGCACAAAUCAUUCAUGCGAGCGUGCAAAGCGCGCAGGCAAAAACAUUUUUAUUAUCAUAAAAAAUACAUAAAUAGUGCUUUAAACUAUGAAAUCAUAUCAGAAUAUGUUGUAUGGAUCUUUGAUGAACCACCUGAAAUUAACUCAUGCAUUUGACCUACUUGUGCACUUUUUUUACUCCAGACUUCUAAAAUGCUACUGGUAAAAGCAAAAAGGAAGAGCAAUGAAUCUUUUUGAAAUAUAUAUUGCAGUCUUCAGUAAUGCGGACGUUGUACCGAUCCGUUGUGGUGAAGUAGGAGCUGAGCCGGAAGGCAAAGCUCUCAAUUUACCGGUCGAUCUACGUUCCCAUCCUCACCUUAAUGACCGAAAGGACAAGAUCACGGGUACAAGCGGCCGAAGUGAGUUUCCUCUCCCUUAGAGAUAGGGUGAGAAGCUCUGCCAUCCGGGAGGAACUCAAAGUAAAGCCGCUGCUCCUCCACAUGGAGAGGAGCCAGAUGAGGUGGUUCGGGCAUCUGGUCAGGAUGCCACCCGAACGCCUCCCUAGGGAGGUGUUUAGGGCACGUCCAACCGGUAGGAGGCCACGGGGAAGACCCAGGACACGUUGGGAAGACUAUGUCUCCCGGCUGGCCUGGGAACGCCUCGGGAUCCCCCGGGAAGAGCUAGACGAAGUGGCUGGGGAGAGGGAAGUCUGGGUUUCCCUGCUUAGGCUGCUGCCCCCGCGACCCGACCUCGGAUAAGCGGAAGAUGGUUGGAUAUUGCAGUAAUCAUCAGCAAAUUUAACAUCUACAAAAGUAAAAGCACCUCUACAUCUCUGGGGUUCUUUUAUAUUAUUUAAUUUCCUCCAGUGAUUAUACUACUUGUAAGAAAUGUAGUGUAUUUGCAGUAAUCAUCAGCAAAUUUAACAUCUAUAAAAGUAAAAGCACCUCUACAUCUCUGGGGUUCUUUUAUAUUAUUUAAUUUCCUCCAGUGAUUAUACUACUUGUAAGAAAUGUAGUGUAUUUGCAGUAAUCAUCAGCAAAUUUAACAUCUAUAAAAGUAAAACCACCUCUACAUCUCUGGGGUUCUUUUAUAUUAUUUAAUUUCCUCCAGUGAUUAUACUACUUGUAAGAAAUGUAGUGUAUUUGCAGUAAUCAUCAGCAAAUUUAACAUCUAUAAAAGUAAAAGCACCUCUACAUCUCUGGGGUUCUUUUAUAUUAUGGGGCGGUAUAGCUCGGUUGGUAGAGUGGCCGUGCCAGCAACCUGAGGGUUGCAGGUUCGAUUCCCGCUUCCGCCAUCCUAGUCACUGCCGUUGUGUCCUUGGGCAAGACACUUUACCCCCCUGCUCCCAGUGCCACCCACACUGGUUUAAAUGUAACUUAGAUAUUGGGUGUCAUAUGUAAAGUGCUUUGAGUCACUAGAGAAAAGCGCUAUAUAAAUACAAUUCAUUCAUUCAUUCAUUAUUUAAUUUCCAUUCAUGGCAAUGUGGCUAAUCCUAUUUCAGAUACACAAAACUAUAGAUGGAUAGAUAGUACUUUAUUUAUUCCAUCAGGAGAGUUCCUUCAGGAAAAUUACAAUUUUCAGCACAAUCCCAUUCAAGUUUAGACAAACAUUACAGGGAGACAGAACAGGAUCGCUUCCAGGGCCCCUUACAAAAAAGAUCAGAUACAGGUAAACAAGGGCGGGGAGGGUUAGGAGAUUAAAAUAAAAAAAAAUGGUCUUAGCCAGGACUCUGGAGAGGGGGUGCAGACUGAGGCCAAGGGAAAAAAACCACAAUUCAUAGCCAUAGAAGAACACAUCCUUCUUACAUGUGUGUAUAAAAUACACACAAAACAAUAAAGCCACAGUAGUAGAAUAAAUGAACAACUGUUGUGUGUCUGUUCAGGGAAUCAUUUUCUGAGAAGCAAACUGUAACGUCUCCUUUUCAUUUUUGCAAAGUGGUCAAUCACUCUGGACAGACAUGGAAAUAUUACAGUAACUGUUAUACAGUUGACCAGUGGUUCCCAACUGCUGGCUCCUGACAUAAAAGUGGAUUGUGGCUCAUUUUCAGUCAGAUGUCCAUCCAUCCAUCCAUCCAUCUUCUUCCGCUUAUCCGAGGUCGGGUCGCGGGGGCAGCAGCCUAAGCAGGGAAGCCCAGACUUCCCUCUCCCCAGCCACUUCGUCUAGCUCUUCCCGGGGGAUCCCGAGGCGUUCCCAGGCCAGCCGGGAGACAUAGUCUUCCCAACGUGUCCUGGGUCUUCCCCGUGGCCUCCUACCAGUUGGACGUGCCCUAGGGAGGCGUUCGGGUGGCAUCCUGACCAGAUGCCCGAACCACCUCAUCUGGCUCCUCUCCAUGUGGAGGAGCAGCGGCUUUACUUUGAGUUCCUGUGCAUGAAAAAUAAAAAGUUUAGAGAGAAAAAAAUCCAAGCAGAUUAUUUUAGCCUUUUUUCUAGUGAGUAUUUUAGCAAAAGGCAAAGCGACUAACAAGUUGGAGGAGGACUCAGGACAGACAUGGAAAUAUAUUUAAAAAAAAUCUAAAUGGGGCAACAAAACCCGAUAUUUUCCGCCAUCUUUCUGAAAACAAACACAGAAAUGUUACUAUUUUUUCUGGAAACAAAACCAGAUGCUUUAGCAGUAGCCAUUUUUUCUGGUGACAAAACAAGAUUAUUUUAGUCCAAGUCACAGCGAUUAACAAGACAAGUCUAAUGUGCUAUUUUUCUGUGAAAUAAACUUGAAUGAUUUAAAAAUGUGGCUCACGACUUGAUGAUAUGGAAAAAUGUUUUUCUCCCUGAAGAUAAAGCACUCAACUCACACAUGCUGACUCCAAAUCAUCUUUGAUGCAGAAGCAGCAGACAAUAACCAACAUGAUGUUUCAUCUUCAUUGGAAAUUCCCCCGACAGCUCGUACAGCAAAUGAAUAUGUUUGUCUUGAUACAAAGAAUAAUGUUAGCUAACUUAGCAUCAACUUAAGACAAUGAUGUUGCCCAGCUAGCGAGGACUUCACUUACAUCUCUCAUUCCUGCUGCUUCUUCUCUGCUGCGGGACAAUAACUUUCUUAAAUCCCUCUUGGAGUUACAGUUUGAGUCAAAUCAAAAUCAAAAUAAUGUAAUUACACCCCUUCAAAAUAAAAGUUUUGUAAAAAGCCGUCACCUUUUUCCAGACAAAACUGCUUGUAACUUCCGUUAGGAAUGUCGUAGGGACAUGAAACAAAAACCUCUAUGUAGGUCUGACUUAGACCUACAUUUCCAUUAAACACUUCUAUACCUAAAAUCAACAGGAAGUUGACAAAAACCCCUUCAAAACUAAAUUUUUGCAAAAAAUGCCUUUUUGCUUCUUUGAACUGAUAUUUGACCCCCUUAAAAUGCUUCAAAGUGCCAGUUAAAGCUAUACUAUGCCAAGCGAAAGCCAUUUAUCAACAACAUCCAGAAACGCCAAUCUGUAAUUUGACCCCCUUAACAUGCUUCAAAACUCACCAAAUUUUACACACACAUCAGGACUGGUGAAAAUUGCCAUCCAAUAAAAAAACAAACCCCAAAAAUGAAAAUUGUGCUCUAGCUCCCCCUAGGAAAAAAAACUGACAAAACUGCUUGUAAAUUCUGUUAGGAAUGUCGUAGAGUGAUGAAACAAAAACUUCUAUGUAGGUCUGACUAAGAUCGGGACUCGGGACACGGCGGCAGCGGCCAAAGGCGGACCCGACCAACGCUGCUUGCAGCUUUAAUUAACAAAUUGUUGUUGGCUAACGUUACCUACCUCACGCAGUGAUUCUCAGCCUCUCUCUCUCUCUCUCUCUCAACCGAAGUCGAUCCACACGUGAAUAAAUGAGCAUAUUAAUUAGCCAUGUGCUCAUUGUUAGUGGAGUGAAUACAGUAGCAAUCAAUGACCAUACUAAGUAGUAUGUGCGCUGUUGUCUAUGUUAUGUAGGCUUAAAACUCUGAAGCGUUUUUUUUUUUUUUAUUUGUGAAAUUUUUACUGGGGCACUGCAGAUCAACAGUGGGGAACGUGCCCCAGUGAAAUAUGUCUGGCGACGCCCCUGUUCAGGAUGUCAACCUUUCACUUUUCCACCGCCAAUAAACACUCUUUUGUUUGUUAAUAACAUUAAAAAUAAUCAUUUUGUUGGUGAUAA